AUGGCCUCCGCAGGAAAACGGACCGUGACUUACGGUCGGCAUAGCACGCUACAGACCAUCUCUAUCACCGCCUUAGAACCUCGCAAGGAUGCAUACUGGGUGAUCUACAUCCAUGGUGGCGCCUGGCGAGAUCCCGCGGUAACAUCAGAGGCCUUCGACAAAGCCGAGUCGAUCCUCCGCGCAUCAAAUCUGCCCAUCUCCGGCUUCGCAUCUAUCUCCUACCGGCUGAGCCCGCACCCGAAGCUCCCGCAAGCCCCAUCGACCACUCCGCCACGAGAAUUCCGCUCUGCAAAGCACCCGGACCAUAUCCGGGAUGUCGAGGCUGCGCUCGCAUUCCUCCAGAACACGUAUGGGUUUGGCCCGCGGUACAUUCUCGUCGGCCAUAGCUGCGGCGCAACGUUAGCCUUCCAGUCCGUCAUGGGCGCUAUCGCAAAUCACAGAGAAAUGGCCUACAACGGAGGUGCAGAUGGCUGCGGUCUUGGCGCUGAACCUAUCUCUACGACUCCGGAACCUUUGCCGCCGCGGCUACGGGCGAAGCCUACGGCCAUUGUGGGUGUGGCGGGGAUCUAUGAUCUCCGACGGCUGGUCGAUACCCAUCGGGGGAUCUCAGCGUAUCAGGAGUUUACUGAAGGUGCAUUUGGGGCGGAUGAUUUGCUCUGGGAUGCGGUUUCUCCGGCACAGAUGAUGGGGUCCCGUGGUAUUGAAGGUGGUUGGAAGACUGGCAGGUUGGUUGUCUUGACUCGUUCUCCGGACGAUGAGCUUGUGGACCAGUCCCAGGAUGAGGCAAUGGUUGACGCGUUGAAGGGGUGGGAGCAGACGGAGGCUCAGGUUCCUCCGGAUGAACUCACUCACAAGGAUCGUCGUGUGCGGACGCUGUCGAUUGGCGGUGCUCAUGACGAUGCCUGGAUCAAUGGUGAUGGGAUUGCUCGCUCGGUCAAGUUUGCCUUUGAGCAGUUGCAGGAGAUGGGACUCGCUCCUCAGGCUUGA